GGUUCAAGCGGUUGAUUGACUCGGCUUGAUAGCUUGCCGCCUGCGCGAUUUCCUGGAGAUUUUCGCGCCUCAUCUAUUUUAUGUUUUACAUUGCAUGUGACAUUUCAAUAUGGGUGCUUAUUUAUCAGAACCGGUUACUGAAAAAGUUUCCAGCGAUGAAUCAAACAGUAAACUUGAGUGCGGGGCAAGCUCCAUGCAGGGAUGGCGUGUCAAUCAGGAGGAUGCACACAAUACAGUGUUAGAUUUUGAUGAACAUACAUCUCUAUUCGCUGUAUACGAUGGCCACGGGGGCGCGGAAGUGGCAACUUAUUGUUCUAAGAAUCUCCCGGACUAUAUUAAAAAUACUGAGGCAUACAAAAAUGGGGACAUGAUAAAGGCACUGGAAGAUGCAUUCCUGGGAUUUGAUGCCAACAUUGCUACCAAAGAGGUUAUGGCUGUGUUGAAGGAAUUAGCAGGUGAAAUCAAUCCACCAGGACCCAGUGAUAAUGAGGAAUCUGAAGAUGAAAAUGUUAGCAACUUAUAUCAAGAAGCACAUCUUCCUCUCCAGGAAGUCCUAGCUAAAUACGAGAACAAGUUGAGCACCCUGCACCGCACCCGGCUCGGCGACACCGCCACGCCGCUCUCCCCAUGCCUGCGCGCCAAGAAGAAUCCUGAUGAGGCUGGGGGAUCAGGUCUCGGAGCGGCGAGCUCUAGUGCCUCGGCCUCUGGGUCAAGCACUGCUGCAGAGGAAGGUCCGUCAUGCUCCAACCCUGAAGAAGCCAAACCUGAUGAGGACACCGGAGGCGUGUCCUCGACGAACUCGAAUGACCAAGAUAAAGACGUCAAUGGAGAGGUUUCCACAAGUGACUCGGCAAAAGAGACCAUGGAAGUAGAUAAAUCCACAGCUCCGGACAGCUCUGCGGACAACUGCACACAGCCCAACCAGAGCGAGGACGCCAAACCCAGCAACGGUGCUGAGGUCUGCAACGGAGAGGUCCCGGAUUCCAAGCAGGGGGACGGAGAAGAGAGUAACAUUACGUCUUCGAAUGGAUCCACGUCGCCGCAGAAGGGGAAGAAUAAAGCCAAACUGUCACCCGUCUCGAGCACAGACAAAGUCCCCGAGAGGCCUAAGAAGUCCAAGCUCCGCCGCGCCGCCGCCGCCGUGUACGAAAGCCUUAUGCGGCAGGCCGCGGAGGAAGAUGAUGAUGACAGCGACUCCAACGAUGAGACCUUCGAGGGUGGGGAGAUCAACUCCUCUGAUGAAGAGAAUGUCAACGGUGUUGAGGAUUCUUCUAAUGAAGGCGAAGAGGAGGAAGAGGAGGAGGAGGACUACGACGCAGAAUCCAGCGACGAAGAUGUUGAGGAGGAUCUCCCCAUGACGGAGGAGCCCGGCAAUGACAGCGGCUGCACUGCUGUGGUGGCGCUACUCAAAGGUACUGAGCUGUACGUCGCGAACGCUGGAGACUCCCGCUGCAUCAUCUGCAGAGAAGGCAAAGCCAUCGACAUGUCCAUAGAUCACAAACCAGAAGACGCUCCCGAACUGGAGCGAAUCACAAAAGCGGGCGGCAAAGUAUCCAAUGACGGACGCAUUAACGGCGGCCUAAACCUCUCCAGAGCCAUCGGCGACCACUCCUACAAGCAGAACAAGGAAUUGGACGCCAAAGAGCAAAUGAUCACCGCUCUGCCAGACGUCAAAACGUUAACCAUCGACCCCAUCAAGGAUCAGUUCAUGGUUCUGGCCUGCGACGGAAUAUGGAACUUCAUGUCUAGUCAAGAUGUAUGCGAUUUCAUUCUGCCGAGGCUGGCGGAAGGGAGGGAGCGGUUAUCUCAAAUUUGUGAGGAGAUGUUCGAUCACUGCCUGGCGCCGGGCACGAUGGGCGACGGCACUGGCUGCGACAACAUGACGGCCAUCGUCGUGCGCUUCAAGGACGGGCUGGUGGCCGACGUGGCCCAGGCCGAGGGCCGCAAGCGCUCCGCCGAGGCCGAAGACCAGCCCGACUCCAAGCGGCUGAAGACCGACGACGAUAGCUCGCAAGUGACCUCCAGUGUGUAA